GCUCAAACUCUUUUGAGUUCUGUAACUGUAUUGUGCUCUUGUGUGCACACAUCACUAUAGAUAUACAACACGGUUGCCAACCUUCCGCCAUGAUUUUAUUUAUAGACCUAGUCGUGUUCAUUUCACCGCUACGUAGUGACAGACUUUUUUCAGAAGCAUUUGCAGAGUCAUUUGCAUUUUUUUAUAUAACUACUCCGAGUAUGACAAGCAGGUGAAGAAUACUUUUUUUGGGAAACUAAAGUCCAUGAGAAGCGCCAUGGUCAUUCAUGGAAUGUGAGCUGUGAGUGGUCAACUGUAGAAUGUAUCUGGGAUUUCUCUCUUGAAGGAAGGAGACUUGAGGGUUUUGUGGAGCGAAAAUAAUGACUGACAACAAGUGCGCAGUGUGCAGCCAGCCGGCGCGACAACUGUGCGGCGGAUGCAAGGCAGUGUUCUACUGCGGUCGCGACCACCAGCGGGCCGACUGGAAGCAGCGACACAAAAACCAGUGCUGCUGCUACAAAGUUGUCGUCAGCGAUACGCUCGGGCGACAUCUGGUGGCGACACGCGACAUCAAAUCCGGAGAAGUGAUCAUCAAAGAGCAGCCACUAGUGGUCGGUCCAAAAACGUUCCAUUUCCCCACCUGUUUGGGGUGCCAUAAAACGCUGAAAGCCACCUCACCUGACGACGAGACACCACCCAACUACUACAAGUGCUCGGGAUGUGGGUGGCCCCUUUGUGCCCCACGUUGCGAAAAGCUUUCACAACACAAACAAGAAUGUGAAUUGAUGAACAAAAACGGAUACACAUCCACAAUCACCUACCAAGACUCCCCUAAACCAGAAUCAGCCUACUGUGUAAUACUGCCACUACGUUGUUUACUACUAGACAAACCCAAAUUCGAUGAACUCAUGAACCUAGAAUCCCAUCUGGAUACCCGUAAAAACAAGCCGCUCUACCGUAUGCUUAGCGAAAAUCUAGUUGGGUUCAUAAGGCAAGUGUUGGAACUUCCGUUCGAUCCUGAAACAAUCUUGAAGGUUGCCGCGAUAUUGGAUACGAAUGCGUUCGAGAUACGGAAAUUGGUGGGCAAAGUGAAGGUGCGAGGCUUGUACUUGAAAGCAGCCAUGCUGUCCCACGACUGUGUGCCCAACACCAAGCACAUCUACGUAGAUGAUGAUUUCAAAAUUGUUAUCUCAGCUACUGAAGAUAUCAGGAAAGGGGAUGUUAUUACAACAACUUACACACAGACAUUGUGGGGAACACUGGCUAGGAGGAGUCAUCUGAGAGAAGUGAAGUGUUUCUCGUGCAGCUGUGCUAGAUGUGCUGAUCCAACCGAGCUGGGAUUGUAUUUGGGGUGUAUUUUAUGUUCAAAAUGGGGCGAAAUGGUUUCAAUGUCACCGCUCCAAGACACGGCCGAAUGGAAGUGCGAAAAAUGCUCGCAUAAAAUAGCUGCCCGGCAAAUGGCUGCCGGUAACGAGAGUAUCAAGAGAGAACUGGAGAGUGUGAAGAAUGGUGGCAUUGAUGGUCUGUAUCAGUUCAUCGCCAAGUACUCUGAUUCCAAGUCAGUGCUGCAUGCGACCAACAGCCACCUGUUGCAAGCCAAGCAUGCGCUGUCCCAGCUCUAUGGCAACUGCUUGAAAAAGCUGACUGAUGAGCAAGUGAAACUCCAAAUUAGGAUAUGUGAAGAACUGCUUGAGGUGGCCGAUACACUUGAGCCAGGCAUAACUCGAUUCCGUGGCCUAUUACUGUACGACCUACAAGCAGCAAGACUGGUCAAUAUUAAGAAUGAAUUCGAAAAUGAGAACAUCACUGCAGAUGAAGCACAGGCCUACUUGACGGAACCAAUGAAAAUACUAGGAGAAGCAACAGAGAUUCUAAAAACUGAGCCAGAUCUCUUGUAUUUGUUGGAGGACAAAAUGAAAGAAAUAGCAGAGCUGUGCAGUUUCUGAUGUCUUGAAUAUUGUCUUUUCAAAAAUAAAUGUAAAUUGAUUCAGUA